CUGACCCCGCGCUCUCAGGACCCGCGCUGGCCCCAGCCCAGACCCCAAGUGCGCUCUCAACCAGGACCCGGCCUGCUGGAAUUUUCGCCGGGCCCCAGCUCUACCUCGAUGAGGCUGCUCCUGCCGCCGUCGCAGCACUCCCUUUUGCUGCUUCUGCUGCUACGGGCGGUGCCGGUGGUGGGCGGGCCCUGGCAGUGCCUACGCACCCCACAUACAGCUUCCCGCGACUUUGAUGUCAAGUACGAGGUGCCCAGCUUCUCAGUGGAGGGUCCGGUUCAGGCCGUGGCAGCCUAUGAUGGCGACGGGGAAGAGAGGGCCGUGUUCGUGGGCACACGCAACCGCCUGUAUGUGCUUGGGCCUGACCUACAACUGAUUGAGAGCCUGGUCACUGGCCCUGCUGGGGACCCUGCCUGCCAGACGUGCGCAGCCUGUGGCCCGGGCCUGAAUGGGCCACCUGGUGACACAGAUGUGCAGGUGCUGGUGUUGGAGCCCGCGCUGCCUGCACUGGUCAGCUGCGGCUCGAGUCUGCAUGGCCGCUGCUUCCUUCAUGAGCUGGAGUUCGACCAGACAUCCCUCAGCCUGAUACCUCCAGUUUGCCUCUUCUCAGUGGACCACAACCGACCGGAGGACUGCCCUGACUGUGUGGCCAGCCCUCUGGGCACUGUUGUGACUGUGGUUGAACAGGGCCAUGCCUCCUACUUCUACGUGGCAUCCUCACUGGAUGCGAAGGUGGCCUCUAGCUUCAGCCCACGCUCCGUGUCCAUCAAGCGCCUCAAGGCCGAUGCUUCAGGAUUUGAACCAGUCUUUGCGGGACUGUCGGUGCUGCCCACGUUCCUCUCCUCUUACCAUAUCGAAUACGUAUACACUUUCCGCUCCGGAGCCUUCGUCUAUUUCCUGACUGUGCAGCCAGCCAGCGAGUCCCCCGCUCUUGGAGUUUUACACACACGUGUGGCACGGCUCAGCGCCGCAGAGACCGAACUGGACCACUACCGAGAGCUAGUCCUCGACUGCAGUUUUGCGCCCAAACGCCGCAGGCGCGGGCUUCCUGAGGGCGUGCAGUCCUACCCGGUGCUGAGGGCUGCCCACACGGCUCCUGUGGGCAGCCGACUAGCCGCUGAGCUGAGCAUCAGAGAGGGCCAGGAAGUGCUAUUCGGGGUCUUCGUGACUAGCAAAGGCAGCGACCAGGGUGUGGGUCCCAGGUCUGUUGUCUGUGCCUUUCCUGUCGACCAAGUGGACAACCUCAUCGAGCAGGGCGUUGAGCGCUGUUGUGAGCCUCCGGUCCCGCAAGGUCUCCCCCGAGGCCUCAACUUCUUCCAGUUGCCCAGUUUUUGCCCCAACCCGCCUGGCCUGGUAGCCCCCAGCCCCAACACCAGCUGCCACCACUUCCCUCUGCUGGUCAGCAACAUCUUCUCACGUGUGGACCUGUUUGACGGGCUGUUAGGAUCAGUGCAGCUCACUGCACUGUAUGUGACACGCCUGGACAACGUGACAGUAGCCCACAUGGGCACAACUGAUGGACGCAUCCUACAGGUGGAGUUGGCCAGGUCUCUCAACUACUUGCUGUAUGUAUCCAACUUCUCACUGGGCAGCCAUAGGCACCCUGUGCAACGGGAUGUCAGUCGCCUUGGAGACCACCUGCUCUUUGCCUCUGGAGACCAGGUAUUCAAGGUACCUAUCCGGGGUCCUGGCUGCCAGCACUUUCUUACCUGUGGGCGUUGCCUGCGGGCACAGCGUUUCAUGGGUUGUGGCUGGUGUGGAGGCAUGUGUGGCCAGCAGAAGGACUGUCCUGACUCCUGGCAACAGGACCAUUGCCCACCUAAGAUUACUGAGUUCUACCCUCACAGUGGACCUGUAAGGGGCAGCACAAGGUUAACCCUGUGUGGCUCCAACUUCCAACUGCACCUUGCUGGUCAGGCACCUGUGGGCACCAUUCAGGUCACCGUGGGCCAAAGUCCCUGCCGGCUGCUACCCAGAACAACCCUCAGGUCAGUGAUCCGGAAGGACUCUGGAGAAGAGCUGGAGUGUGAACUAGAGCCCUCUGGCCUGCAGGCAGUUGGGCCUGCCAAUGUUAGCCUCACCAUAACCAACAUGCCACCAGGCAAUCACUUCCGAGUGGAUGGCACCUCCAUGCUGCAAGGCUUCUCUUUCUUGGAGCCGGUGCUGACAGCAGUACAACCCCUCUUUGGCCCACGGGCAGGGGGCACCUGCCUCACUCUUGAAGGCCAAGGCUUAUCUGCAGGCACCAAUCGGACUGUGCUGGUCAAUGGGACUGAAUGCCUGUUGAAGCAGGUCAGAGAAGGGCAGCUUUUAUGUACCACACCCCCCGGGGCCGCUACGGCCAGGGUCCCCAUCCGCCUGCAAGUGGGAGGUGUGGAGGUGCCUGGCUCCUGGACCUUCCACUACCAGGAAGACCCCAUCAUACUGGGUAUCAGCCCCAACUGUGGCUACGCUGGCUCCCAUGUUACCAUCUAUGGCCAGCAUUUAACUUCAGCAUCGCAUCUGGUCCUGUCAUUCCAUGAUGGGCUUAGGACCAUGGAAAGCAGGUGUGAGAGGCAGCUCCCGGAGCAGCAUUGGUGCCGCCUACCUGAAUCUGUGGUCCGAGCCCCCCAGGACUGGGUGACAGGGAACCUGAGUGCCUGGGGCGACGGAGCUGCUCGCUUCACCCUGCGGCACUUUCGCUUCCUGCCCCCACCCCAUCCACCCAGCAUAAACCUGGCUCCACUGAAGCCUGAGGAACAUACCAUUAAGUUUGAGUACAUUGGGCUAGGCGCUGUGGCUGAUUGUGUGGAUAUGAACGUGAGUGUGGGUGGUGAGAUCUGCAAACAUGAGCUUCGCGGGGACGUGGUCAUCUGCCCUCUGCCCCACUCCCUGCAACUUGGCGAGGAUGGCACCCCACUGCAGGUCUGCGUGGAUGGUGAGUGUCACAUCCUGGGCAGGGUGGUACGGCCAGGUCUAGAGGGGAUCCCUCAAAGGACCCUCAUUGGUGUCCUGCUGGCCCUUCUCCUGCUUGUGGCAGUACUGGCCUCUGUGCUGUUCUUCAACUACAGGCGGAAGAAACAACCAGUUGGCUCUCUAAACCUGGAUGAACUGAUAUCCCAGAGUGGGAACACUGGAACCAUGCAGCUGGCUCUGCUGUCCUCAGGGUCUGACUACAGAAAUGGCCUUGCAGCCCCUGGUGUGGAUUCCCCCACUCGGGUGCACAGAACGUCCUUCUCAGACAGCGGGACCGGGUCCUGUGUCCCACUGCUACGAACAAAAUCCAUCCAGCUUGGGGAACUGGACUCCGCGCUCCUGGCUGAGGUCAAGGAUGUGCUGAUUCCCUAUGAGCAAGUGAUCACCCACAGUGACCAAGUGAUUGGCAAAGGUCACUUUGGAGUUGUCUACCAUGGAGAAUACACAGAUGAGGACCAGAAUCAGGUCCACUGUGCCAUCAAGUCACUGAGUCGCAUCACGGAGAUGGAGGAGGUAGAGGCUUUCCUGCGCGAGGGGCUGCUCAUGCGCGGUCUGCAUCACCCAAAUGUGCUGGCCCUCAUUGGUAUCAUGCUGCCACCCGAAGGUCUGCCCCUUGUGCUGCUGCCCUAUAUGCGCCACGGAGACCUGCUCCGGUUCAUCCGCUCACCCCAGCGGAACCCCACAGUGAAGGACCUCAUCAGCUUUGGCCUGCAGGUAGCCCAAGGCAUGGAGUACCUGGCAGAGCAGAAGUUCGUGCACAGAGACCUGGCUGCUCGAAACUGCAUGCUGGAUGAGUCAUUCACAGUCAAGGUGGCUGACUUCGGUCUGGCCCGCUACAUCCUGGACAAGGAGUACUACAGUAUUCGGCAGCACCACCAUACACGCCUGCCUGUCAAGUGGAUGGCUCUGGAGAGCCUACAGACCUACAGAUUCACCACCAAGUCUGAUGUGUGGUCGUUCGGUGUGUUGCUAUGGGAGCUUCUGACAAGGGGUGCCCCACCAUACCCCCACAUUGACCAUUUUGACCUCACACAAUUCUUGGUCCGCGGUCGGCGCCUACCUCAGCCUGAGUAUUGCCCUGAUUCUCUGUACAGAGUGAUGCAGCGCUGCUGGGUGGAAGACCCAGCGGCACGGCCCACCUUUACAGUGCUAGCAGGGGAACUGGACCGUGUGGUGGCCAAACUGCGUGGGGAUCACUACGUGCAGCUGCCCGUGACCUAUGUGAACUUGGGGCCUGGGGCCUCAGAUGCGGCAAACGUGACCCAAGAGCAAUCACCAUCUCCAUCUCUGCGUAAAAUCACAGAGCGGCCCCGACCCCUCUCAGAGCCACUUUUUCCCACGUGACCACAGCCCUGUCAGGUCCUGAGGGGCCAGAACUGCAAGCUGUCACAGGCUACCCACAAGCUGCUUCUGAGCCAUACUAGGCCAGGAGGUGACACAACCUGGCCUCUGCCCUGCCCUGCCCUUAACCUUAACCUUCAGGGACAAUAAGAAGAGAGCAGGGCACAUUGGCCCCUCACUCCACAGAGAGAGCCCGUGAGGGUGACCCUUCAUGCAGUGAGUAUUUAUGGAGCAUCUGUUGUGUUCCUGGCCUGCUGGGCACAGGGGACUCGGCAAACACAGACACUGGCCCUUGUACUAGUAAAUGAACAAAUGACUAUUCAGUUACAAGUUGUGGUGAAUGCUGUGGGGAAAAAAAAGACAGGCUGCUCUGAGGGAAUGAAGGGCAGCUUUACAUAAAUGAAGAAAGGGGCGAGGGGAAGCUCUCCAGAAGGCGACAUUUUUGCUGAGAUCCUGACAGGUGGUAAGAUUUUGCUGAGAUUCUUGCCAGAAGCAGAGUUGGGGGAAGAGAGACUGUCAGAGUGAGCACAUGCAAAGACCCUGAGGCUGGAAAGGAGUUGGGGCAGCAAAAAGAGAAUAGGAAGGCCAAGCCAGGGCCAGAACCAGACCAAAGGGCCCCAGGAGCCUUUAGAAAGCACCAAGAGAUGCAUCCAGCAGCCUAGAUAGUGUCUCUCAUGGCUCAGUCACCUGUGCCCUUCUCAGAAGCCCCUCUCCAGGGCUUCGUGUUCCACACACACUGUCAGGGCAUGAAGACUUGCUCCCCUGCUCCUGAACCCUGCCAGCAGUGAGAGAUGAGCCAGCAGCAAGCCCUCAGCUUCCAAGGCAUCAGCUUCAAGGUGCCAACUGCCCGGGCUAUUUAUACUUGUCAAGGCCACUGUACAAUAGCCAAUGAAGGUACAGGCGCUACUGGAGGGAGAACAGCUUCCUCCUUGCACUCUCCUUUCUCUGUGCCCUGGAUGAUGAGGGGGAAGCUGGGUCC